CAGAGAGAAAUAGACAGCUGAACCACACUGUCCCGAAAGACAGACUUAAACAGCUGACAAAUAUUCUAAGGAGAUAGAGUUAGAGACGCUCCUAAGAGUUCGGUCUGGAAUCUGUAACUUUUGAAAGCGGAGCGAAACUGUUCAUUACGUUUUAUGUUGCAUUUUUAUUUAUUGCAUUCUGAAGCCACGGUCAGCAGUGAUAUUAAGUUUUGUUUUGCACUGGAUUUAGGUGAAUUUUAGUGUUUUUCCUCUACUUAUUUUUAAGCUAGUUUUGGGCACUCGCUGCACAAGAUAUUUUUGCAAAUAGUUGCAAACUUUACACGGAUUUUCGCUGCAACUUUACAUUCAGUAAAAGGUUAUUUUCCCUUUUUGGGAUUCAAGAGGAAUAUGAUGGGGUUUGCGCCUUUGGCUGUGUGUUUGCUGUGUACUAUUUGCGUUAGCGCCGGGCGCAACGCGUUUGAGGAGAGUACGGUGGUGCCGGUUCGGCUCGACCCGGAUCUAAGUCGGACCCUUAACGCUGAGGCGCAAGAGAAGGAGUCAGAAAAACGCAUCUAUCGUUUGGACGUGUUUGGCGAGCAGAUGGUCUUGGAGCUAGAGCCGGACCACACAUUCCUGGCGCCCGGGUUUGUCUUCCAUGUGGUGGGUAAUCCUGGUUCGACCCCGCAACCGGAGUCUGACAGUGGAGCGGAGGCACGGUGCUUUUUCUCAGGAACGGUCAACGGCGAGGCCAACUCCGCCGCUGCGCUUAACCUGUGCGGAGGACUUCAAGGCGGCUUCUACCUGAACGGCCAAGAGUACUUCAUCCGGCCGCUCAAUGUCAGUGGAGACACCCAGCCCACAGAUGAGGAUCUUCACGUUAUCCAGCGCCGGAGCAGGGGGUUCGUGGCCGAGGAGGGCAGCUCUAAAUGCGGCGUUAACGAGGAGGAGGAACGGGUCAGGGAGAGCCCACAGAAGCAUACCGAGAAUCUGGACUCAAACUCUGAUUCAAAAGCACACCAUCGUUCCCGCCGCUUCGUGUCCACCCCUCGUUAUGUCGAAAUCAUGUUGGUGGCCGACCAGUCCAUGGCGGAGUUCCACGGUGCGGGCCUGAAGCCGUACCUCAUGACCAUCAUGGCGGUGGCAUCGCGGCUCUAUCGCCACCCCACCAUCCACAACUCCAUCUCUCUGGCCGUAGUGAAGCUUCUCGUGGUGUACGACGAGCAGCACGGACCAGAUGUGUCAUCCAACGCCGCGCUGACGCUCAGGAACUUCUGCCAGUGGCAACGGCAGCACAACCCGGCCAGUGACCACAACCCAGAGCAUUACGACACAGCGGUGCUGUUCACCAGACAGGACUUGUGUGGCGCUCACUCCUGUGACACUCUUGGUAUGGCAGAUGUGGGAACUGUGUGUGACCCGGAUAGAAGUUGCUCCAUUAUUGAGGACGAUGGACUACAGGCAGCCUUCACUGUGGCACACGAACUCGGUCAUGUUUUCAACAUGCCCCACGAUGAUGCCAAACAGUGUGCCAGCGUCAACGGUGACCACUGGAGCUCUCACAUGAUGGCGUCCACCCUUUCCAACCUGGACCAGCUGCGGCCCUGGUCCCCGUGCAGUGCCCUGAUGAUCACCUCCUUCCUGGACAAUGGCCACGGUCAGUGUCUGCUGGACAAGCCCCAGAAGCCCCAGCAGCUGCCCCAGGCCCUGCCAGGCACCCUGUACGACGCGGACCGCCAGUGCCGCCUGACGUUCGGCGAGGAGUCCCAGCACUGCCCCGACCUGAGCACCACCUGCGCCGCCCUGUGGUGCACGGUCACCACCGCCAACGGCCUGCUGGUGUGCCAGACCAAGAACUUCCCGUGGGCCGACGGCACAUCCUGCGGACGCGACAGCUACUGCCUGGCCGGCCAGUGUCUCAGCACGAGCGAAGCAGCCAGACACCAGACUCCAGUCAAUGGCGGUUGGGGUACUUGGGGACCCUGGGGCGACUGCUCGCGUACCUGUGGUGGUGGCGUGCAGUACUCCUUCCGCGACUGCGACAGCCCCAUCCCCAAAAAUGGAGGCAAAUACUGUGAAGGCAAAAGGAUCCAAUAUCGUUCUUGCAACACUGAGACCUGCCCUGAUACCAAUGGUUUGACAUUCCGUGAAGAGCAGUGUCUCGCCCACAACGACAUCUCCUCCCAGGUGUCAUUUGGAUCGAGUGGAGGAGUUGAAUGGGUGCCGAAAUAUGCCGGAGUGUCACCCAAAGACCGCUGCAAACUGGUCUGCCGGGCCAAGGGAACAGGCUACUUUUUCAUCCUGAAACCUAAGGUGGCUGAUGGCACUCCCUGCACCCCGGACUCGACAUCGGUGUGCGUGCAAGGCCAGUGUGUCAAGGCAGGCUGCGAUCGCAUCAUCGGCUCCAGCAAGCGUUUUGAUAAGUGCGGCGUCUGUGGCGGUGAUGGGUCCACGUGCAAGAAGGUGUCUGGUUCUCUGGACCGCGCAAGGCCUGGCUAUCAGGAUGUGGUGACUAUCCCUGCUGGCGCUACUUUGGUGGACGUCAAGCAGCGUAGUCCCGGCAGCCGCGGCAGUGACAACAGCUACCUGGCGGUCAAGCGUCAGGACGGCACCUACCUCCUGAACGGCGACUACAAGCUGACCACGCUGGAGACGGACAUUUCCCUGCGGGGUUUGCUGCUGCGCUACAGCGGCUCGUACGCCCCUCUGGAGCGCCUGCGUAGCUUCGCCGCGCUGCCCGAGCCGCUGACCAUCCAGGUGCUGUCCGUGGGCGAGUCGCCGAGACCGCGGGUCAAGUACAGCUACUUCACGCCGCGCCCCGCCUCCGCCGGCUCCUCCUCUUCCUCGGGCUCGGGCUCCCAGAACUCCCGGCCGUCCAUCAACGCCAUCCGGGAGGUGGGCGGCGCCGAGUGGACCCUGCGCGAGUGGGGGCCCUGCUCGCAGACCUGCGGCGGCGGCGGCACGCAGCAGCGCGAGGUGCUCUGCCUGGACGCCCACGGGCGCCAGUCGCGCGACUGCCCCGAGGAGCUCCGGCCGUCCGCCGCCCGCUCCUGCUCCGCCCAGCCCUGCCCGUCCUGGCUGCUGGGCGAGUGGUCCAACUGCUCCAAGACGUGCGGCCGGGGCUUCCGCAAGCGCAUGCUGCGCUGCGUGGGGCACGACGGCCGGACACUGCCCAACGACAGCUGCAACGCCAAAGACCGGCCGCGGCCCCUGCUGGACCUGUGCAACCAGAGCGCCUGCUAGGACACCUGGCACCUGGGCCCCCCCCGGUCAUUUUCCAACAGCCGCUCCGAUAGCCUGAGCCAGUUUUGCCCUAACACUAACGUCUUAGGUUAAGAAACGAAUGCAGGCUUUAAAGGGAUUCAGUAGAGUCCCCCCCCCCCCCCCACCUCGUUUGGCAAUGACUGCAGACCAGCCUUGAGUCCAGUGGUUAAAGAGGCUGUCUUGUUGGCAUCCUGGUAAUCCUGGCAUGGACAAACGCUAAGAGACGCUGCCAGAUCUUCACCACACACACACACUUGGCACGGUCAGACUCUCUUUGCCCUCCACCUUUAUUCCAUGCCAUAUGGCACAAGGGCACAGAUUGGCACAGCAUCACCGCAGAGGUGAUGGAAAUAGGAGCAGCCUGAGGAGCACACCUGUCUGUUUCCUGUGCCAACAUCAUACAUGUGUUAAUGUGUGUGUGCGUGUGAGUGUGUGUGUAUGUGUUUAUGUGUUUAUGUGUGUGUGUGUGCUAAUGUAUGCAUGCAUGGUCUCAUGUGUAUGUGUGUAGUCAUGUUUAUAUAUUCUGUUCGAGCUGGACUGGACAGACAGAUUUAUUUUAAAUUAGCGCAGAGGAGUUAUAGAGAAAGGAGAGAAGGUUACCGAGGGAAAUGCAGGAAUUCAAUCGACAAAAGGACACCUUAAAACAAAGUGAGUAUAGAAGUUUGGAAUUUGGCUGUACUGGUGUGUCAAAUCCUCUCUGGACUUGUCUGAAGACAUUCCACAGCAGGCAUCUUAGGAGGAGGAGGAGGGGGGAGAGUCAAAGGAUGCUAUCAAUCAUUGUACGCAUUAAAAGCAACACAACUUGCUGUUUUUCCCCAACCUAAUUUCAAUUUCAGUACUGCAUUGUCAAGCUCUCUGAAGUGUCCAUUCCGUUCCUGUUACGCUGCUAUUUUAAGAAGAAGAAGAAAAAAAAGUAAAUGUUGUUUUUUGUUGUUUAACAUUCACAAGCUACCCAUCAUAUUGGAAGAGUCUGGGAGGAAGGGUGCAAAAUGACAUCCCUCCCAUUUCCAAGCCUAGUCUUGCCAGGAGGGAGGAGACAUCAGGAGGGGAGGGACAUCUACGGGGAGUGAGAAAGACCAAAGAUAGUUUUUUUUUUCCAGUGCCUUAGCAGGAGUGUGUAGUACUAUUUGUAUGUCUGUGUGUGUAUGAAUGCGGAGAUGUACUGAGGGACUUCUCUCCUGUUAAUACUUCAUAAGUAAGUCUCUCCUACCUUCUAAGAAGGUCUGUGCCUUUGGUUUGUUUUUUUUAUUUUUUAUUUUUUAUUAGGUGUUUUUGUACAGAAUAUCCAAACAUUAUUUAUUUUUGUACAGCCUGUUUAAUAUAAUCUUGUGGCUUUUUAUUAUUAUUGUAUUUUUUAUUUGUUAUUAUUAUUGAAAUAACAGAAGGGUGUAGAGUCUAUAGAGUAUUUAUACUGUCUGAUAUAUAUGGUCUUAGGUUUAUGAAUAAAGUAUCAAAUUGACCCAUG